AUGGACUCCUUGAUGGGGUCGUUGGUCUCUAUGGUCAAUCCACUUUCUUUCUCUUUUCCGAUGUGGUUGGCCUCCCUCGCAGCCAAGGAAGUUGCCUUGCAAACAGCUGACCUUGGCGUGACUUGUGCCUGCAGCUUCCUGAAGGAGCUGCCGAGCCGUACUGGUGACAAGGUCUUGUACAAGAACCAGUUGGACAAGAAGGACAUGCUGUUCCUUUCUAUUAACUCCGUCAUCGAGGCAGUUUUCACAUGCCACAUGCUCAACGUGAUGUGGAGCUCGCCCGUCAUUUUUCGCAGCUGGAGCUCCUUCGGGUUUCUGACAGGACCUCUGGCGCUUCUGUUGAUCAUUCUUCUCAACGACAUGUUCUACGCUCCUGCUCAUCGAUUGCUGCAUCAUCCGUCCAUCUACCCUUACAUUCACAAACAUCAUCAUCGGUCAGUCUAUCCCACACGUGGAAACAUCGAUGCUCGCAACGAGCAUCCUCUCGAGCAGUUGAUUGCGAUGUGCCUGUGGAUGUGUGCUGUGCAAAUAACUGCCCACACCGUGGGCCUGCAUGCGGCUGCUUUGGGUGCACAUCUAGCCCUGAUGACGUUCGGAGCUUCACUCAACCACGCGGGGUUCGACUUCGAAGUCCGCUUCCUAGGUGUAGACUGGUAUUCGACCGGCGCCCACGAGAUGCACCACCGCCGGCCAGACAGAAAUUUUGGACAAUUCACAAUGCUUUGGGACAAGCUCAUGGGAACAUACAUUCCCUACGAUGACGGAUGGGAACCAGCAAAGCGACGUCUGGAACAAAAGGCCGACUAA